AUGACAACACCAACAACACAAAAUCCAAACAACGACAACAAGACUGCCAACAGCGACAACACAGCUUCCACCGGGCGUGUUCUGGGCCCUCAAUUCCACUACAAGAAAUAUGCCAUUGAACAUUCCUCUCGCGAGAACCCCAUCUUUACAACGACCAUUCAUACCAAAAAUGCCCGCGAAACUCCAACCAUCACACUCUCGCAAAAAAUCGAAAUAAUACCCUGCCCAGAACCCAACCAUCGGAUACUAACACAUCAAAUCAACACAGCAACGCCUCCGCUAGAAAUUUCAGCCCCCCCAGAUACCCUCCGAGACCAACUCAAAACCAAAAGCAGACCAUCGAAAAAUAUCAGCAUCGGACGAAUCAAGGCCCAAUCCACCACAACAUCCACACGACGCCGGGCAUCUCUAUCCCCCCCCAGAUCGACAUACCUACAUCCUCCACCCCAUCCACCAUUCAAUCCCCGGAUCCCCGACCCCCCUAAUAUCCCUCUCCCCCCCCCCCCUACCCACCAUCACCGCAUCCCACUUCAGUUCCUCACAACCCAUCCGAAUCCACCCACCCCACCAGCCCCUGCCCCAACACCCAAUCCCCCCUCAUCCAACUCUAUCUCACCCAUCCCAACGCACCGCCUCCAACAGUCCGCUACCCCAUCCCUCCGUCACCCCGAAUCCCACAUCACACCCCCCAGGACAGAAUCACCCACCCGACAGUCACCCCCUCCAAAAACCUCCCCAACCCCUAAGCCACCCCGACCCAACCACCCAUAUCUCUACAGAACCAACACCUACACACACAAAAAUCCAUCCUCCACCCACCCCCCGCUUCCCCACAUCAUCUGCGCCACCACGCCCCCACAAAAUCACUCGUCGAGACACAUCCCUCAACCCGCCCCCAUCCACCACCCAGCUCCCCAUCCCCCCCGAACCUCCCCCUCCAUACCUUCUCCAUCCCGUCUCCUACCGAACCCACCGCCACCAGGCAAACCUUCGGCCUCUCUCCAACGAAACCCCGUCCACAGCUUCAUCCCCGAACAACAUCCCCACCCCACCCACUACCCCGCCGCCCGACCCAGCCCUCUGUCAACACUGUCAACCAUCUACCCAGUCACCCCACCGCACCAACACACUCGCCCAUCGCCCCCGACUCCAACACCAUCCACAAUCCCUCCCACCGAUCUCACCCCCAAAAACCCCACUACGUUCUCCCACCACAUCCAAACCCUCAGCCCCAUUAAGAACACCACCAGCCCCACCCCAGGUACACCCCCCACACCCCACCCCUCAGCACACCCGCUGCCACCCGCGCCCGCCCCCGGUCCCACACAAACACACCCCUACCCCCCCGGGCCCUCCCAAUACCAUCCCACGCAAUCUCACGACCCGUCCAAUCAUCCGUCCCCAUCCCUCAAGCCACCCGACAGUAACAGCACCAAACGCCCGAUCGCUAUCCGCCAUAAACCACCCCGCUCAUACCACCAAACCGCCAAGGACCGCACACUGCCCAACAAAUCCUACACUGCUCCUCAUAACGCACAUCUCUAUCCACCCCCCCGCCCCGACUCCCAACGAACACCUAUCACUAUUCCACCGCCCAACCGCUCACACACACCACUCCUGGCACCCGCCGGUCCCCCGCGCCCCUACUACCCAACACAAAAGCCCGUCCCCGCCUCCCCCCCAUUCACCACCACACCCCAUAACUUCCAGGCCACCCCCCACCCGACGCUCCCACGCAUCCUCUAUCUCCACACCCCAACUCCCCCCGCGCACGCCCCACCACCCCGCUCCCCACCGCACCACCCAGUCAAUCAUCUCCCAUCCACAUCAACCCCACAAAUCACGCAACCCGCAGCCACUAACACUCACGCGAUCCAAAGCGAAACCCAGACCCCCCCGAUCUACACUCAACUCAUCCCCCACGCCCACACCAUGCCAAUCUCUCAUCCAUCCACCCCACCCUGCCCCAGCAAGCUACCCCCACCAACCAGCCAACGCACCCAACCCCCCCCGGAGCACUCCAUCCACUCACGCAGACCCGCAGCUAUCGCACUCCCCAUCCCCAUCCCCCGCCAACCCAUCCCCCGACCUCCGAACCAACAGCCCACAAUCCCCCACACCCUAAACUCCCCUAUCCCCCCCAUCACCGCCCCUUACCUCCUCAUCCCUCACAUCGCUCUAACAAACCCGCUCAGCGCCCCAGCCCCCUGCUCCAAAUCCCUGCGCUCCCAUCGCCUACACAGCCAACGCCACUCACCCCCGAACGACCCAGCCGCCGGACACAAACCCCCGGGAACGCUCACAUCCUACAACGCUAACCAAGCACGUCGCUCCACGGCGCCCCGCCCACACAUCCCCUUAUCCCGCAACGCCAUCACGCGAUCUCGACCUUAUAGUGACCAAUCACCCAAACCAAUAUCACCCGACCCACGUAUCCUCCCACAACCUCAACAGGGGGGGUACCUCCCCCCAAUCUCCAAAUCAAAAACCCUCCAAAAAUCCCACCGUUACCUUCCCACACCCACCACUACCAUCCACCCCCAUCCCUCCCGCAUCACCCUCAAAUCUACGUCAACACACCACAUACCCCCAUCCUCGGCCACACUACCAUAUCACCCGGACAGACCCUCCCCGCCACCGUCACCGCACGCCAAUCCGCUCAACCACAACCUCAGCUCCCCGCGCCCGCGAUCUCUAUCCGCAUCUCCCGUCCCACCCAUGCCGAGCUUCCCCAGAUCCCCCCCACAUCUCUCUCCACUCCACACCCCUAUCGUCCCAAUCCAUCCUCCCCCACAGAUCCACCCCACCCCCUUCGCCCCGCCGCCUCCAAUCGCCCACUCCGCCCCAACUCCGACCCCGGGCUGA